AUGACUAAUGAUCACCGUAUCACACUCCCUUUUGAUUUACAUCGAGAAAACUGUCCAAUCAACUACUUAAGUAUACCUAAUUCACUGAUUAAACCCCUUAGUAAAUUAUUGAAAUACCCGAUCGAAGCUAAUAAUCCAAAUUUUGAAUUAACAAUUGCAGUACCUGGAAAGAGAUUUGUUGCAAAUGUAUUGCAUGUGGAUUCCAGACACAAUGGAUUAAUUGGGAGCAAUUCACUACUAAAAUCAUUGGAAUUGGAAGUAAAAAAGAAAACAGAAUUCAUUUUUAUGCCAAUUUCUCAUGUAAAAAAUGCUAGUGAAGUAACUUUCGGGUUGGUAAUGGACAAAAGUUACUGCCCUGAAUGGUUAUCUUCAUUGUAUUGUGGUAAUUUGAGUAUUUAUGACUCACCAGAAAAUAUAAUUAAAAUGACAUUCACUGGGCUAACUAUGUACAAACACAAUAUUUUCCAAAUCUAUUUACUAGGUAAAUUAUGUACAGUAACGAUACUUUCCACCACAUCCAAUGGCAUAAGUAACUCAAAUGACGAUUAUCCAAUUAGAAUUGAUGAGUGCACAAAAAUAACGUUUGAUUUGCCAAAUCGCGCAAACAAUUUGUGCGAUACACCUAUGAAUAGCAGUGUAUACGGAAUGGAUUAUUUGCUAAAUUUUUUGAAAUGGCAUGUUUUCAUACCACUUUCUUAUCCGGAAUUUCACAAGAAAAAUAAUAUAAACUCUGCAAAGGGGGUUCUCCUUUGGGGUCCUCCUGGUUGUGGCAAGUCAUUUAUCGCAAAACACACAUAUCAUUUGCAUACUCAAGGUGCAUUGAAAAAUUGGUUAAAGGUUGAUAAAUUGAAGGAGUUUGAAUGCAUUCCCCCGGAAAUUAUACUUACCUCUUCUACUAAAUUGAUAUCGGAUCUUCCUGGGCAAUCUGUGAAGAACAUAACCCAACUAUUCCAUACUAGAAAUAAAUGUGGUAAAGUAAUAUUCAUUGAUGAAAUAGAUGGUAUAGCUUCUAAGCGUGAUACUAAUCAAAAUAUUGCAGCGCUAGUAGCAUUACUAUGUGAAAUGGACAGUUGUGUCAACUCAAAUAGUGAUAUUUGUAUUAUAGGCCUAACAAAUAGACCCAAUGACUUAGAUUCGGCAAUUAGAAGGCCUGGUCGGUUUGAUUCGGAAAUACAUGUUGGAGUGCCAAACUCGUCACAACGAUUUGAAUUACUAAAGGGAUUACUGAGUGAAAUAAAUUAUAACUUGAGUGAUACUGAAAUUAAAACUUUGAGUGAUCAAUGCAGCGCUUUUGUGGCAGCGGAUUUAAAGGGUUUGAUAAACAAAUGUUUAACAACAAAGAGUAAACAAUAUCUGCAAGAUGACAUAACCGAUAUGAUUAUUACUUUUGACGACUUAUUAGAAGCUAGAAAGGGAUUAAGCCCUUCAGGACUUCGUGAGAUUUAUGUCGAAAUACCAUACACCAAAUGGACUGAUAUAGGGGGGUAUGAAGAUGUCAAAUUAUUACUUAAACAAAGCGUUGAAUGGCCUUGCAAAAAAAAAAAAAUACUCGAUAAAUUUGCUAUUAAACCGCCUAGAGGGAUCUUAUUAUAUGGCCCUCCCGGCUGUUCAAAGACGAUGAUGGCUAGGGCAGUAGCUACUUCGUCACAUAUGAAUUUCAUUUCCAUUAAGGGCCCUGAACUAUUCUCAAAAUGGGUCGGGGAGUCAGAAAGAUCAAUUCGCCAAAUCUUCUUUAUAGCAAGGGCAAAUUCUCCCUGUGUCAUAUUCUUCGAUGAAAUUGAUUCAAUAGCAAAGUCACGACAGUCAGAAGGGGUAUCUGAGGUUGGUAACCGCGUUUUGAGUCAAUUGCUAAAUGAAAUGGAUGGCAUUAAUUCUACUGGCGAACUAGUAGUCAUAGGAGCUACUAACCGCCCUGAUGUACUAGAUCCAGCGCUUCUAAGACCUGGACGAUUUGAUAGACUUAUUUAUGUAAAACUACCAGACUUGCAAGCUCGCAAGCACAUAUUAAAAAUUAAUCUGUCAAAACUCUCACUAGAUCCAUCACUGGAAAUAGAUGAAUUGGUUGACGAAUUAUCGUAUAGGACCAAAGGAUAUAGCGGAGCAGAAAUUGAAGCUAUUUGCAGAGAAUCGGCACUGAGAUCUAUUAGCCAAUUUAUAUCAUCAUCUCAAGUAGAACAUGAACCUGAAGAUACAAAAGUGGACACACAAAUGUGUAGUAUUGCAAUACAUGUUACAAUCGAUGAUAUUGAAUAUGCGUUGAAAAAUGUACAGUGUAGAACCAAGGAUGAGCUAUUAGGUAUUUAUAGCAAUUUUAAUUGUUGA